AGCCAAUACGUGAGUAUGCACUAUGCCCCCUGUCUGGAAAUAGUCUCAGACAUUGGUAAAUACGACUGGGGCGGUGCGGCGUUGGCUUGCUUGUAUAGAUCAUUGGAUUCUUGUUCCAGGGGCAGGUCAUCAAGCAUGGGCGGGUAUUGGAGGGCAUGGGAGGUAUGGGCUUGCGAGUACCUAAAGCCGUUUGCUUUAUCAAGGCCCAGUGGGACCUUGAACACGUGGCUCAGAACAUUGAGGUGGGUUGGUGCAAAAUCAAAGCGGGACUUGCAACAUCACUUGGAACAUUUUAGAGUGAUGAUGCGACAUCUAACAAAUGAUCAGGUUAAUUGGAACCCAUGGGGGACCAAUGAAUCCGACAUGCCGGAAGCCGUCAUAAAUAGUGUGCCAACAACCCGUAAACGAAUCCUACUUGAGGGACCAGCUGGUUCAGCCUGGUUUUUGGGAGAGCGAGUCGCAAUGCAAAGUUUAGGCACCACAGAACCUCAAGUACCCAAAAUUCCACCGAGGACAAUGCUUUCUGAUUAUAAGCUAACUGAUGAGGCAGAAGUCAGGGAAGCACUGAAUGGGUACCCCGCUUCAGAAUGGCUUGCAAAUUCAUCCAACUAUGGCCACUACAGAGAUGAGUACAUAAGGUACCGCCACUAUGAGGACUUACGUGAAGCGGAAGGAGAAGAUCGAAAUCUCGUAGGGGCCAAUAUAAGGGUAGGAAACAUCUCUCCUCAGCCAUGGUCAGUGCGAAUACCAUGCUGGGCAGCCGAAAAUGGAAGUAAACUUGUGCGGAUACCGCGUGGGCAAGAUAGUCUUGAUCUACCAUUACCUGCUGGUGUGACACAUGUAACUGCUGAAGCUGCAACCGAGAUUUUGGAGCUGAAUGCUAGGUUGAAUGCCGUACUAUUUUCAACUUCAUUGGAAGCAAGCAUAGAGAUCAGUCGCCUACGGCAAGAGAUUGAGAAAUUGAAGAACACCUCGGGAACAACCAUUGCAAGUUCAGGUAUUGGUGAAGACGUCUUAGAUGAUGAUGCAGAACAUGAGUUUCGCACAAAAUUUAAAGCUGACCACAUAGGUAGAAAAGGAAAGACAAAAAUUGUGAUACCAGAAGAGCAUGAAGAAGAUGAGGAAGAGGAAGAAGAAGAGGAAGAAGAGGAAGAUGAAGAGGAAGAUGAAGACGAUGCUUGGAUCGACGAGACAGAGGUUGGGGAUGAGGAUGAGGAAGCCGAUGAGGACGAGGUUGGGGAUGAGGAUGAGGAAGCCGAUGACGGCAGGGCCGCAGCUAAGGGUAAUCUGAAUGCAGAACAAGACUCCACACACCAAAAAGGCAAAGUUGAGAAAAGUCUUCGUUCACGUACCCCAAAGAGAAAGAAAACCAAGUAAAUUAUGGAAACGAUUCAAUUUUCCGGAUCAUUGGUCCGUUUUGUAAUAUAAUAUG